GUUUAAGUGAAAUUUAUGCUAAAGCCAACAUUCAUAAAACAUGCCAAAUAAAAUUUUCAAACAUACAUUUUCUAAAUUAAAUCGGUGGUUCUAGAACCCUAUUGGAACAAAUUUGACUGACUUCUAAAUUGCGAUAUCUCUACUGGUUUUCGAAAUAUUAGGAAAAAAUGUCUUAUUUUAGCAAUUUUUUUUAGUUGUAUACUACAAUAGGACAUUUUCAAGUUUGUUUAACGCUGGUUGUUUUGUUUGGUGUUGUGUUUCAUUGUAUACAAUAUAAGGCUAACUGACGUUUAAUCACCUUUCUCUUUUUGGCUCCCCAGGAGGAUAGGUUUGUUUUCAUAGGGAAACGUUUCCCUAUGAAAACAUUAAACAAAAAAUUGCUAUCUUCUGCUUCUGCUUGAGAGAGAAGGGCGAUGAACGCCAGAUUGCCUUAUAUGGAAAAAAUAUCGAGUGAAAUUACGGUGAAGAAUACUUUGGCUUUCCGAUUCCCUGGAGAUGCGGCACAGUCCGCGGUAGAAGAUAUGGUUCUGUUUGUGAAGACGCUCAACGGAGACAAAUCGAUGAUGGAGACCGCCUAUAAGAUUUCCGACGAUAAAUCUGUUUUCAUUCGAUUCAGAAGUGCUGAAGAAAUGCAGUUUGUGCUAGCUAACAAUGCAGAAAGUCUGCCGUUCCACUUCAACAAUCGGACAAAAACGAUGGUGCGCAUGUCGGUUGCGGUUAACACGCGGUAGGUACGUGCGAAUUUUUGAUCUUCCGCCAGAAAUUGAGGACGCUGAUUUGGUACUCAUGCUGCAGAAGUAUGGAAAGGUGCAAAGUACUGUACGUGAGCGGUUUCCAGCGGAGUUCCAGCUCAACAUGUUUACGGGCGUUCGCGGUGUCUAUAUGGACAUUGAGAGCGCCAUCCCGGAUGUCCUGUACUUCCGUAAUAGAAAAGGGAGAAUAUUUUACCAUGGAAUGAAGCCCAGUCGAAAAGGUUCCCCACCGAAGCCGAUGGUUGAGGAGAAGCCAACAGAAAAUGUAACCGAAGCCUGCGUCGAUUCAGAAUCAGGCAGAGAAGAUGAGGUGAUUGUGGAGAAUCACCAAAAAAAAAGAAGAAGACGGAGACAAAGCGACAACGCUGGUUUGGUUCUGAUCGAGAAUCAGAAACAGAUGCGUGCAAGCAAACGCAAAAAAAAAGAAGCAACCGAAAAACCCGUCAUCGAGCGAAAGUGAGUGCAGUUUGAUCACCGUUCCCGACAAUUCUCAAAGAAGAAUGAAACAUACACACUUAAUUUUUAUUACCGAGUUCGGUAAUUUUUUGACGAGAUUUAAACUGCUGAGCACCGAGCUCGUUCAGCAAAAAUGCAUUGUUUACCUUUUCCAUACGAUUUUGACAGUUGUUUUACUGAACCUCAGUAAAAUCGAUUACCGAAACUACCGAGAUCGUACUGCUGUUAUAAUCUCGUCAAAAAAGUACCGAACAGGCAAUUCAGAAAUAAGUGUGUAGGAUC